GCUAUUUUCACUAUUGCUACUGCUGCUACGGAGUACGCAGAAGGACAAUUACCGAUACUCUCCGAUGUCCGAUCCUCCCGAUCAGAGCGCGUAUCUCCUCCUCUUUUGGGCCUAGCGGGCUUUCCCCGGGGUUUUUGGAUGCCAACCGGUCAACAGCAAUUGCCCUCCGCCAUCUCUUCUCUGGCUAAUCCACGCAAGGUAUCGGUGUUCUGCGAUCCUGGUGAGGCCCAACGAAAUAUAUACUAUCCAUCCCACAUGGCAGGCACCAAUUGGUCCGAACAUCAGUCACCAUAGUAGACUCUGGCUAGAACUGAACACUCACCCUGGACAACCAUUGCUAAAGCGCCCGGUCCCGCUCUAAAGCAAUGGCCCAAUUCGGCACAACACUCGCCAUGCCUCAGAUCUACCCUCAGCCUCCAAAGAAGAGAUGCAGGAGAGAGGGCGCCAAGUGGACUCGCUCAGGCUGUCUGACCUGCAAACGUCGUCGGAAGAGGUGCGAUGAAGCCAAGCCAGGCUGUCAGAGCUGUAUCCGGCUGGGGUUGCAAUGCGAGGGCUACGGCUCCAUGUGGGCAGCGCCCCUGAACCCGGCCGCACAAGUCUUCAGUCAAGCCAGAUCCCCGAAGCGGCGCAAACUCAGCACAUCAUCUUGUCCAUCGAGUGACUCCCCUCAGUCGAUAGCAGAAAAAUGGUCUUCUCCGCCGAGCUCACCCCUCUCGAGCAGCCUCUCAACGGCGCCGACAACCCCGUCGGAGUACGACACUGUCGGUGCCUAUUCACCCCAUAUCCAUAUCGAAGAUAGCGAGAAUGAGGAUAAUGCAUCCGACAAUAUGGCCCUCAUUCUGGUCACGUCCGUGCCGAGUCGGCCCCUGGGCCAUCUUUCACACCGCGAAACGCACUAUCUCCAGUAUCACACCGAACUGGGCUCCAAGCUGCUGGCGAAUCUCGAAAGCGACGAUAACCCCUUACGAUCACUGAUCAUACCUCGAGCCCUAUCAUCCCCCCUCAUUUUGAAGGCCUUGUGCGCAUUGUCUGCCACACAUUUCGCCAAUCGCUCUCGAGAUAAGCUGGAAGCGCAAACCGCCGCUACGGACUACUACAUCCGAACCCUGAGCGGGCUGCAGUCUACCCUCUCCAAAUACGCGGCCGUGAACUCUUCCGACGAGGCUAUUAUAGCAGUAGCUCUCCUUUGCAAGUACGAGAUCGUCCGUGGGAGCGUCAAACAAUGGACGGUACACUUGAAUGCCCUACAGAAACUGAUCGUUGCACGCGGAGGACUUGAGUCUUUGAACGAAGACACAAGAGAGUUUCUCUUAGGCUUCUACAUCUACGCCUACAAUGUGGCCCGAAUCAGCAACCGCAAGCACCUCAACUCCACCAUGCUGGACAUGGGGGGUAUGAGAAUCACCAAGCUGGAUAUCUACAUCGGCUACGCAGAGGAUCUCAUCAAGAUCUGCGCGCGGAUAGCAGAUCUACCCCACAUCCCUCACGACGCCGUUGCCCUGGGGUCAGAAAUACACGCCAUAGACACAUCCCUCCGUACCUGGACCCACUCAAACACCCAAUACAUAACCCCCAAAGGCAUCACCCAGGCAAACCUUUCCCGCCUCCGCAUGGUAGCAGAUUGCUUCCGCGAUGCCGCAUACAUCUACCUGCAUUCCACCCUGGAGAAAAUGAGCCAGGCCACCCUGAUCCCCCUGCUCUCGUCAUGGGCCGCAUGCAUCUCCCUUCCCAGAUCAGAUGCGUUGCGCCGGCUUCUGGACAAGGUUAGGAUGUGUCCCCUCGACGCACACUGCGAGUACUCGGCCCUUACCUUCCCGCUUUUCAUUGCCGGAUGCGAGAGCAAGGAUGCGGACGAUAGAGAUCUGCUUAUAUCGUCCCUGAGUAAACUGGAAGUGAACUUCGGGAUAGGUAAUGUGCGACGAGCUAAGGAGCUGUUGCGGAUCCUGUGGAAGGGAGGGGGCGUGCAUUGGCUGGAUAUGUUGGAUCAAUUACAAUGGGAUUUGAUCCUUGCGUGAAUAUUAUCAGUGGGGUUUCGGCAUGAUACACAUAGAGUGGAAUUGCCUCUUUCGAGCUGAUCUGUAUAGUCGUGACAUCCCAGACCUAAUAUUACCCGACAAGGCCGGACACAGACAGCAUAUGGCGGUGAACUCUUUCGU